AUGUCGGCAACGUCCAAAGUCCUCCAGCGAGUCGAGUCCAGGCUGAAGCGAGUGAAGCUUUGCGUGCGUGCUUAUGCCGAAGUUGGUUCGGACCUGGAAACUAGCGAUGAGGAUGGCGCUUAUAGAUCCAACGAUGACUGCGUCAGAGACCAAGCCAACGCUGGCAAAAUUCAGCUAGGGCCCCAGAGCUGUGAGAACAAUUCUGCAGGAGACUGUUGGCACCAGCAAGGCUCUGAGACCACGACACACGUCAUCACAAUCAUCAUCAGAACCAAGACGAAGGUCAGAGCGGGUUAUGAAUCGACCAAGGACAAGUGGAAUUAUGACCCCGCCGGUCUUUCUUGCUUCUAUCGAUAA